AUGGCCUCGCAACAGGUGACGAAGACGCCCUUCCAGAAGAUCCUGGACCCGACCAAGAUCGGGACGUGGAACAUUGUGCGCCGCCCACCCGUCGAGAAUCACAGCAUCAUCCAGGGCAAACCGCGCGAGCAGAACUCCAAUGCGUUCAAGACGCAUCAGGCCAAGGAGGGAACUCGGUUACGAAAGGCCUUGAAGGCACUUACCCAUGGCAAGAACAUCUUUGCCUACCACAAUAUCCGCACGAAUCAAGUCGUGUACUCUCUGACUCGGUAUUUGGAGAACAACACAACUCUCAAACAACUCCUCUACCACGGCAAAAAGACCGUUCCCGCCCGCCUCCGCAAAGACAUGUGGGUCCCCUAUUUCAGCGUGCACUUCAACGACAGCAAGAUCGGGCUACGAGCAUACCACCUCCUCCGGGAAUUCUCCAUGCAGCGCCAACUCUCCCCGCCCAAAGAAAUGAUCACCAUCACGGACGCCUGGAUCGACCAGAAACGUCCCCGCGACCCGAAGGGCGCCGAAGACUUCCUCGAGAAAUACAAGGACAAGAUCGGCCGGAUCAUGCCCAAGCACCACCGCAAGCGCGCCGUCAUGGAUCAAAAGGCCACCAGUGUGGCAGAUAUCGCGGCCGUGCUGAAGAUCCAGGAAGAGGAGGUGCAGAAUGGCUUUGCGAAUGGAAAGAGGGGCUAUCUGACCCCUACCGCGCGGAAGAGGAGACGUGCUGCUAGGGCUAAGGAGGAGCAGGUUGCUGCGGAGCAGGCUGCGAGGGUGGCUGGAUUGGAGCAGGCGCUGAGCAGUGAGGUCGUCGAGUAUAAGGUCCAGGAGACCGCGGAUACCACUGGUGCGUUGGAGGAUCAGGGAGUUAAGAUCCUUUGGAGGGAUCUGCAUGAUGCGCGGUUUGCGGAGGCUUGGCCUGAGCGUGUGAGACAUGGUGAGUUGGAGUUGUCUCGCGAUCAUGUCAUGCCCGGUCAGAAGGGUGUGAGAUCCGAGGUGUUGGCCGAGGGUGAGUUCCGCGAGAGGACGGAGCAGCAGCAGCAGGGUGAGAAGAACUAA